AUGACAGCAUCCUUCACUCCCGUUGAACGGAAUGGGAAUAAGAAAUAUCGGGAAUCAAUCAACACUGGGCGGAUAAAGGGAGGAUUGCAAGUUGCGGCGAAGAGAAAUCGGAUGACAUAUAUCAAUUCGAAGCGGCUCCAAAUGGAUACGGCGUCGGUCUGCUGGGAAUUUGUCUCUGAGCGGGUGCGUGGGAGCACAUCAGUUAGCGCACUACUUUAUGUGGAGCGAUGCUCAGCGGGGGACUAUCUAGUUGUCUAUCCAUCAGGCACCGACGGCGCCGUCAACGAGGAGUCGUACCCCCUGGGAAGACUCUGCGGCAGUGAGGCCAUCAACCUCUACUCUUCGGGGCCCAGCAUCGUACUGGAGUUCCACACAGAGGUCAACAUCAGGAACUCGACGGGGUUCAAUGGCAAGUUCACCUUCAUCCAAGCAGGUAAUACCACAGUUCCAUCCAUAGACCUUUUAAUCUGGUUUCGGCGGGGAUUAAUUAUGAACGAUAAUUAA